UAUCUAUAGUACGUAAACUUGGCAUUCGUUGUCAGAAUGUCUUCAAAUAUUGAACAUUUCUUUGAAUAAUAAUAAAAUAAAUAAUCACGACAAAUUCCAAUUGGAAAAUAAAUUAAAAUAAUGAUUUAGAUUCAAAUAAAUAUGGCUAAGCGAAAUGUAUACCCAGGAUUCUACAAUCACCACACAGGGAAAUCGUUUCAAAAUUCACAUACAAAAAACUCCAAAUGGCUAACCAACAUGAUCAUUCGAUGUUUCUGGGCGGUACAUGCGAUUAUGUACCAAAAUUACUUAGCCAUAGCCACUAUAUUCGCGGUAGUGGCGCUGAGCUUCAUCAUACCAGACAUAUCGAAAAGGAUACAUGCCACCACCGAGUUGGGAGAUAUGAAGAAAGUUUUGGACUUGAUGUCGACGGAAGUAAGGCUUGCAGAAGUUGCGUGUUUGACGGAUGUAAAUGACAUAUGUAAUCUGCACAGCACCAUGCAAGACGACGGCACGGAAACCUCAAAAGUCUUCUGCGACCUGUCGCUUCAAACCAACGAGAAAGCGCGUUCAACUCGAUCAGAACCCGUACAAGUGGAGAAUAAAGUUGGUUUCUUUCGCAGAAUCCUGUUCCCUGUCAGAAAUACUUCACGUAAAGAAAUAACCAUUAUGUCUUACGUUUACACGGAUUCGUUUGAUGAUCAACGUAAAGUUAAGAACAAUACAAAAAUAUCUGAAUUGUGAAGGCGAGGAAUUUAUUCAUGUACUUACAUAAAUAAAAGUGAAAUGACUCAUA